AUGGUGAGGCUAAGUGAAUUAGCAGAGUUCAGGACGCCACAGCACCCAUCCUUGGGCACUAACAACUGGGGAGGAGCUUCUCCACUGUUGGCAAGGAACGUACCAAACGAGUCCCUGGAACAGCGCUACCGGCGGAUGAACUCCGUUCGGAACGACGGCGAAAUCUUCACGGCGGUGCCGGACGACGGCGAUGAUGACUUCACGAGCUUUUCCAGGAGUGAAGCUUCCAAGUAUGUGUAUGGAACCCCGAGCCGGCGAGGAUUGUCGCUGGUGAGGAAGCUGGCCCGGAGGGCGCAGUGGAAGAAGACGACGGCGACUGUGACGUUGAGUUCUACGCCGGCGAAGCGGAGGAAAUGGUUUGGGAGAUGGGACCCCAAGAAUCGAUGGCCUCAAGAUACCAGUAUUCGGUUAAUAAGGAAACGGGAGCCUUACCAGAAUAUCAUCAGCAAUGUGCUUAGAAGAUGUCAGUCACACUGGUCAAAUAAGGAGAAGAUAGGAAGUGAUGGGAUAGGCGGAGAGAAUGAAGCAUCCAAACUGCCAGCAACACCUAAAAGCGGGAUCGCUGACCUGGACUCUAGGCGCAACAAUUACGAUCUUAACAGGGAUAAUUUUACCAGUAGCAAAUGGAAAUUCGAAACUGUUUGGCUUUCUAAAGCUCUUGAAUCUGCGUUUCAACUAUGUAGGUGGGCUUUACCUUCAGGGAAUGGAAUUGGAGAUCGACCCCCGCCUAUCAACAGGUCUCUUGCAGAGAUCUAUGCAAGUAUUCAACGGAGUAAACUGGGACUUCAGGACUGGAGUCUUAGCGAUCUUACGAUAGGCCUUUAUCUUAUAUAUCUCCAGCAAGCAUCCAUCAGUCCCGAGGAUAUUAAGGGUGAACUGAUAUCUUCUGAAUCAGUCGUCCAUGAUCUCAUGUACCACACUGAACUAUCAAAGGGCUCGUACCGAGAUAGUACUCGUGGUCUUGCAAGGAACAGUAUGCUUCGAGAAAGCGAUGUUGUGAAAUUCGUUAAGAUUUCGAGCAUGUUAAGGCCCGGAUAUUACAUUGCGGUUGACAAGAGGAAAAGACUCGUCAUACUUGGAAUACGCGGAACGCAUACAGUUUAUGAUAUAAUUACCGACAUUGUUUCUUCGAGCAAUGAAGAAGUAACGUUUGAAGGCUUUUCGACGCAUUUUGGGAGUGCCGAGGCUGCUCGGUGGUUUCUCACUCACGAGAUGGAAACGCUAAGGAAAUGCCUGCAGAAACACGAGGGAUUUAGGUUAAGGCUGGUCGGUCAUUCUCUUGGAGGCGCAAUAGCAUCGUUGUUGGCAAUAAUGAUCCGUAAGAAGUCGGCCCAGGAGCUCGGCUUCGAUCCUGAGAUUGUAACGGCGGUUGGAAUUGCGACCCCACCUUGUGUCUCCCGAGAUCUUGCUGAAAAGUGCUCCGAUUAUGUUGUAACAGUGGUAAUGCAGGAUGACAUUAUUCCGAGGUUAAGCGUUGCUUCUCUCAUAAGACUGAGGAACGAAAUUAUUCAGACGGACUGGAUGAGUGUUUUCGAGAAGGGAGAUUGGAAAGGCGUCGUAGAUUUAUUUACGAACGCAAAGCAGGUUGUAUCGUCCAUCCAGGACGUAGCUCAGAAGCUAACCGAGUAUGCCAAGUCCCGAGGCCAAACAACAUACUACCCUGAUGUUCUCCCGAGAAAGGAAGUUAAUACUGUUUCAGGCACCCGACCAACCUCCGGGUCAGCAAGCAACACGGCUUCUCGAUCUAAACCGCACAAAGACGCUCCCGGUGGAGUAGAUGAGGAAUUGCUAGUACCCGGGACCGUGUAUUAUUUAAAGAGGAAUACUGAUCAGGCGAUGGAGUUCUUUACGCUGUGGAAGCGACACCCGGGCGAGCAUUUCCAGAGGAUACUGCUCUCCAGCAACGUAAUCUCGGACCACAAAUGCGACAGCCAUAACUACGCAUUGCGGGAUGUUCUCAAAGGUAUCCCUACUUCAUCCGAUGAAGCCAUUUUCAGAUGAUCAAGUGUCCAAGGUUGUCUGAUCUUCACCUCUGCUGCUGUCCAUAUCUUCGUUCAAUAAUGAAUAUAUACCGACACAAAUUAAGUUAUUUUCGGUUUUAGUUCCCGACUAUGAUGAUAUUUUCAUAUUGUAUCUCGGUCGGUCUUCGAUCAUUUGCCUAGAAAUUGCUUGCCUAUUUGUUAAUGUUACAUUUCAAAAAAGUGCUAGUGGCCAAGGGAAAUUGUCAAGAACUCAAAACGACAACUUGGUAUACAAAAUAUGUGUAACAGCUGGGACACAAAGGUUAGGGCCUAGGGGCCAAUGUUUCUAAGAAGACAAAGGUGUAACUUUCAUGGCCUUAGUCUUGGUCAAGGAACAAUUCAAAGAUCAACUUGUAUUUUACA